UAUCAUCAGACGCGUUCCUGCUACCAAACUCCGUCAAAGCAUCGCGCAUGUGCAACUCGCAACCUGGAACUGCCCAUCCGCAGGCGUCGCAGCAUGCGCCAUCGCACUUGAAUCAUGCCAUGUAGCCCGCAUCUUUCAUCUCGAUAUCUCGUUUUCAUUCUUCGCGACAUCGCCUUCCACAACGGUAGUCGGCGCAUGCGAGCGCCGCAGUCGCCACGAUGCCGACAGCACAGCAUCCACAGGCCAAGUUCGAUCCCAUUUCUCCCGACCUCGACCUGCAUGCCCUUGUCGAGAGAACCGCAAACUUCCAUUGGGUCUUGCGCAUCUCGGCCGCCCAAAUUCGCAACAUUGGCCCCCAAGAAUUCGAGAAGCUCGUGUUUCUCCAUGUCGUCCAUGGCGGAAAACCGCUGGUCAUCGAAAAAUGGAACGACCGCUUGCCCAAGUCGCUGUUCAGCGCCGAGUGGCUCGAGGCUACCUACAACAAGAAAGCCGAGAAUGUUCGCGACAUCGUCGGCCAGACUGACAUUCCGAUGACUAUUGGCCAUUACUUACGGUCAAUGAAAACUCUCACCAACCAGUGGACCCCACACAACUUUCGAGACGAGCGACGGCAGCGGUUGUACCUGAAGGACAUUGACUGUCCUCCCGAGUGGUACGAGUACCUGAAGCGUGUCAUUCCGCCCAACCUCUUCUACAUGAACGCCAAUGUCGACGAACGGUCUGGUAAAGGCCGUGCCGACGACAUGGACAUCUUCCAGGAAGGGCGGUCGGUCGCGCCUGCGGGAGACCUGAUGAGCAGCCUCCCCGAGGAGAUGCGUGCGCAAAACCUCAUGUGUUACAUCGGCCACGAGGGCACAUACACCCCAGCACAUCGAGAAAUGUGCGCCAGCUUGGGCCAGAAUAUCAUGGUGGAUGCGUCUGGGGACGAGAACGGGGAGAAACCGGGCAGCUCGAUUUGGUUCAUGACCGAGACGAAGGACCGAGAGGUGGUCAAGGAGUAUUUUUUGUCCAUGUUGGGUCACGACAUCGAGAUCGAGAAGCAUUUCGCUCAGAUCAACGCUUGGAAGAAGGCCACGUUUCCAGUCUACAUCGUCGAGCAAAAGGUUGGAGACUUCAUUCUAGUUCCGCCCCUGGCUCCUCACCAAGUUUGGAACCGUGGCACCAGGACGAUAAAGGUUGCAUGGAACAGAACGACCGUCGAGACGCUGGAUUUGGCGCUACACGAAGCUUUGCCAAAGGCAAGGCUCGUCUGCCGCGACGAGCAGUACAAGAACAAGGCCAUCAUCUUUUACACGCUCGAAAAGUACUACAAGGAGAUGGUGGACAUGGAAAAGACGGCCGACAUUGGGCUGCUUGGGUUUGGGCAAGACCUCAUCAAAAAUUCCACCCGGAUGAAGCAGAUGGCGGCCGACUUCAAUGCACUUUUCCGUCUAUUCACUGAAGUUCUUGUCGACGAGAUGUUCGCGACCAAGGAGAAGGACGUCGACUACAUCCCGUUUGACUCCUGCAUCACUUGCUCCUACUGCCGAGCCAACAUCUUCAACCGCUUCCUGACAUGCAAGCACUGCGUGCGCCAGCUGGUUAACGGGGACGAGGACACAUACGACAUUUGCAUGGAGUGCUACAGCAUGGGCCGCUCGUGUUUCUGUGUUUCUAAGCUCAGCUGGUGCGAGCAGUGGCACUGGUCCGAUCUGGUUGACCGCUACGAAGCCUGGCGCGCAUUGAUCAUCAAGAAUGACGGCUUCAUCAACUUUGACAGCUCUCCCCUUCCCCUGGAGUUGGCGAGGAAGAAAUUCGGCAAGAAAUCAGUUGCCCAGAUCUGCCAGGAGCAACUCCGGAUGCGGCCUUGGAACGAUAUCACCCAGGUCAAGGCACCCUCCGAGCCUGCAGAGUCAGACAUCGAAGUUGACGACAACGGCCGGGUCGUGAAAAGGAAGAAGAGAAGAAAGAGAAAGAAGGGCGACGUCUACCGCUGCCAUGUCUGCGGGCAUAAAGACUACAUCUACAAGCUGGCGUUCUGCUCCAACCAGGGAUGCACUGACGCCUACUGCUACGGCGUUCUCUAUCGGGCCUUCGACAUGAUGCCCCAGGAGGUAAUGCAGAACGAAAGGUGGCAGUGUCCCAAGUGCUGCGGCAUCUGCAAUUGCGCCGCCUGCCGCCGUGCCGGCAACGGCAACCCGUACAUCCCGAAGACCACUUUGCUCGGGCAUGACACCCGCAGGAUUGCAGAUGAUCGUAGCGUCGAGAGCUUGGUUGACUUUCGGGUCGAUAACUUGUCGUGGCUCAAGAAUGUUGGGGAUGAAAGCCGAAGCCUGUCGAGCAAGCGGAUGCAGAGGUUGCAACAAGCAGCCGAAGCGGAAAAAGCAAAGCAAGCAGAGCUGGUUGCCCAGGUUCCUGCGUUGCCCGACGGCACGCUGGCAGAAAGUUUGGAUUCCGCCGCGCAGCAGCCCGCGGCAACCGGCUAUGGCGACCAGAAUGGAGCCACUGGCCCUGGACGCGCACCUAUGGGCGAAUACGUCGUACCCGCGGGUCCUGUCGAUAGUCACCAACCGGAUGGCAACCAUGCAGGUCCUGCCGAGGUGGUGGCUGACAUGUCUAUGCCCAUGGCUCGAGACCAGUCCUCGUAUCCAGAUCCGUCAAUGCUCGGCAGCGAACGCAUGCUCGGCAUGGGAUACUACGAACAAAAUGACAACCCUGACGACAAGAUUCUCUUCGACCCUUACCAGAUGCCUUCUGCCGAAAGCAUGACGGUUGACGACGAGCCAGAGAUGGCUGAGUAUCUGAAGAAGCAACUGCGGAUCGCGAAGCGACGAGCUCGCCAGGAAGAGGACGACGAUCCGGACUUCCGCGGGCCGCGCUCACACCAUAGGAAGAGGGCCAAGGUCGACCACGAGCCGCAGCGGGAUGGCCAAGAAAUCGCUCUGAGCAACAUGGAUCCAGCAUUGUUUGGAGGUGACGAGACGAUGGUCGACACACCUGCCCAGGAAGACCAUCCAGCUCAAGCCGAGGCUCCGACGGAAGCGGCUCAACAAGCGCCCGAGCGCGAAGCCGCGGAGGGGCAUGAAGAUGCGAAUGAGCCGCAGGAACCUCGAGCGUAUUCCCCGAACCGGCCGGCUCUCCGACACGCCCGACCCAAGAUUUCCUACCUUGUCGAUGAGCUGGGUGAGGAUGAGUUUAACGACGUCCUGAUUCCUCGGUCGCAGAAGCCGCCUGCUGGCAUAACUGAAUACAAUCCUGAGAACGCCAGCAAGGAUCCGCUGGAUGUGGCAUCGGCCGCCAUUUUGGCGAUUACAGGCACCUCCGCUAUGCCCGCAGGACAAAACUCAAGCGGACAAGCGACAUCCACUAGGAAGCGGGGUCGACCACGCAAGUCGCAGGUUUCUGAACCGCAGCCCGACCAUGCAGAGAAACCCCAGAAGCCAGAGCGACGGCGUGGAAGGCCUCCGCGAGCGCGACCGUCCCUGGGUGCCGAAGCUGACGAGCAUACUCAGGAUCUUGACGCCGAGCUCGCUCAGCAGCUCGACGGCUUCGACGAGGAGGGCGAAGUGGUUAACUCGGAGGCGGCAGCUCCAAAUGAGCCGGCGGCGGCUGCUGGGCCUAGGAGACGGGGCCGCCCGCCGCGGAACGCCCAACCCGAUGCCCUUGAUGUCGAUGGCCGAGAGGAUGCGAAUGAAGGGCAAGAAGUUCAAGAUGGCUGGGCGGAAGAGUUCAGGGGCCACGAAGCCUGCUACGCCUGCGAGAGAGUGCGCGGUUCGGAAAAGCAGUCCUGCCGGAUCUGA